AUGUCUCAUACUCAACCUUCCCCAACCGCUAGUGUUGCUCAACACCAUGCGCACAUGGCCAGCCAUGGGGCCAUUCAGCAGGGCAAUGGUAUCAUGCCGCCCAUGCCGGCGCAAAACCAGAAGGCCGUUUCCCUCACCACCGCUCAGAAGAUCACCUCACUCAAUGAACAAGUCUGGCUUCACAUUGGCAGCUUAACUGAGUUGAUGGGAGACUUGGAUGGUUCAAUGAACGCGUAUGAACAAGCUCUGAGGCACAACCAGUGGUCUGUGCCGGCCAUGAAUGCCAUCUCCUGCAUUCUUCGUACCAAGGAGCAGUUCCCUAAGGCGAUCGAGUUCCUCCAAAACAUCCUGAAGCUCGACGCAUCUAGCGGUGAGACGUGGGGCAGUUUGGGACACUGCCACUUGAUGAUGGACAACCUGCAAGAGGCCUAUACGUCUUACCAGCAGGCUUUGUAUCACCUGCGCGAUCCUAAGGAACCCAAACUGUGGUACGGAAUCGGCAUACUAUAUGACCGCUAUGGGUCCCUCGACCACGCUGAGGAGGCCUUCUCUCAGGUCAUGCGCAUGGCACCCGAAUUCGAAAAGGCUAAUGAGAUCUACUUCCGCCUUGGGAUAAUAUACAAGCAACAGCAGAAGUUCAGCCAGAGUCUCGAGUGCUUCAAAUAUAUCGUGAACGACCCUCCUCGACCCCUGACUGAGGAGGAUAUUUGGUUCCAGAUUGGCCACGUUCACGAACAACAAAAGGACUUUGAUGCCGCUCAAACCGCAUACCGACGUGUUCUUGAUCGGGACCCCAACCACGCCAAGGUCCUUCAACAGCUGGGAUGGCUAUACCAUCAACAAAGUACAAGCUACCAGAGCCAGGAUAAAGCGAUUGAGUUCCUGGAGAAGUCGGUCAGCGCAGAUAACAACGACGCUCAGAGUUGGUACCUCCUGGGUCGCUGCUACAUGUCGCAAGCCAAAUACCCCAAGGCCUACGAAGCCUACCAGCAAGCUGUAUACCGUGAUGGACGCAAUCCUACCUUCUGGUGCUCGAUCGGUGUUCUGUACUACCAGAUCAACCAGUACCGGGACGCGCUCGAUGCCUAUUCUCGUGCUAUUCGCCUGAACCCAUACAUUUCAGAGGUCUGGUACGAUCUCGGCACUCUGUACGAAUCGUGCAACAACCAGAUUGCCGACGCGCUCGACGCGUACGGUCGCGCCGCCGAUCUUGAUCCUAGCAACGUCCACAUCAAGGCUCGUCUGCAGCUGCUCCAGAGCCAACAAAUGUCUGGCUCUGGCCAGCAAGGCAACGCCCCUGCACCGCAGCCACAGGAUGUCCACCCCCAGGCUUACCAAGCGCCCGGAGUUGGUGCGCCCCCAGCUCCCCAGUGGGGUGCCCCAGCCCCGAUCGGCCCACCUCCUCAGGCACCGGCUCCCCCUCGCCAGAUUGAGAGCUGGAACAGAGGCAUCAAUGACCUACAGUCGCAGGGUCCCGGUCCUGUCAGCAGCCUUGAGUCGCGUGAUGCGCCUCGUAUCCCAGGACCCGCUCAAGCCAGCCCUCGCCAGGAGCCUGGUCGUGCUUUCCCUGAGCCUCGUGGUCUGGCUCGCUCGCCCAAGAUGGGUGCUCCCGGUGCUUACCCACCCCCGCACCACACCUUGCCUCAGUUGGUAAAUGGCCCAACCCCUGGUCAUGAACGUGCUCCCAGUGGCGGCAACGGCUUCAAUCCUAUCUCCCGUGGUCCCGGUCUGCCUCCAGCAUCCGGUGCUCCCCCACCCCCCGGUCCUAACGGUGGUGUUCCCCCCAUUGUACCCGGUGCUCCUGGUGCUGCUGCUCCUCCUCCCCCUUACCACCGUCCCUUCACUCCCCCAACUGAAAUUCGUCCUCUUCGCGAUGAACGUCCUUCUUCGCCCGGAUCGGGAUAUCCCCACCAGGCCUUCCACACUGGCCCUCACCACCCCCCUGGUCCAGGCAUGCCUGCUCCGGGUGUGAAUGCCCCACCAGGCAUUGACGGCGGUGCUCCUCCUCCUGCUGCGGCGACUGCGGCUGCCGAAGUUGCCGCUCGCGAACGUGGCGAAGAUCGUCCCGCUUCUGCAAUGAAGCGUGGCCGCGAAUGGGAAGAGACUGGCCCGGUCAAGAAGUUAGCGAAUGAGGAGAGUCGUGCCCGCCUCGAUGAUCAAAAUAGUCGCCGCCCAAGCCCACCUUCUCACAUGCCAUCUCCUGGUCAGAUGCAACGCCGUAGUUCCUCGGAAGCUCGUCGUGAAGAUGCCCGUCGAGCCAAUGAAAACUAUCACCCCUCGGAAGCUGCCCAUCACCCUCCCACCCUUCCUUCUAUCCAGAACAUGCCGCCUCACGUUGCAGGUGGGCCCAGUCUCCCUCCCAUGGCCGAGAGUGCUGCCCCUGCCUCUAAUGGGCCCCCUUCUGCCCCUCCAUCAGCCAACACUCCGGUCAAGGAGGAGCCUCGCCGCCCGGAAGCCCCUUCGUCCCACGAGCCCCCGGCUCGCAAGAUGGACGUUGAUGAGGAUUAUGAUGACGAUGUGGACGAAGAUAAAAAGGCUGCUGUCGCAGCUAAGGGAAGUCCCAAUGGCAGCGCCUCUGGUGCCGCCAAUGGUAACGGCAUUGCCAGCAAUGGCCGUCCCGGUACUCCCUCGAAGACCGAGUCGUGA